UAUUCAGGAAUUUGUCUUGGAGAGAUGCAAGGAAGAUUUUGAGGACCCUGCAAGUGGAACUUUUUGUUGGUAUAAUGGGAAAUUACUAUGACAUUGACGAUAUUCUUGCCGAGGAAGAGCUUGUGUCGGCCGUUUUCCAGAAAGGGGCAAAUGGGGUUGGGAUUGAUCCUAGUGCUGAUGCCUAUGGUGUUGAACCAGGUUCAAAAGUCAAGCUGCCGUUUUGGCUUGCUUACGAAUUACACGUCCGACAAGUAGUAACGAUGAAGCUUCCUGCGUGUUUCAGUCAACAAACAAGGCUAGAACUGGGGGCUGACGGUAAAGCUGUGAACUUGAGAUCUCGAUGUUUAUACUUCUAUGAAUUUGGAUGCAAGAUAGCACCACUGGUUGGGGACAGAGAUAUGGGGUCAUUCCUAUUAUCUGCAUUUAGGAACAGGUACCAGGAAGUCCUGGCCAAGGCACAUUCUGCAGCAUAUACAGCAGCUUCAAAACUCUUGACGCUCCUAACAAAAGAAGAAAUCAACUUAUAUGAAGCGGCUCAAUCCUCCAUGGCAGCCUUUAAGAAGUGGCGGAUGGGUGGCCCUAGAUUACAGAGAGCUAACGUACUUGGGAGGAAGAGGAAAUCAACUGACUAGUUGAAAUAUUGAAAUAUUUACUCUGCU